UAUUUAUUGUAUUUUAUGGAAAGUUAAAAUAUGGACAUGGAGAUAAUUGCACAAGAAUGCUACGGUUCUGAACAAAAUGUAUGCGUUGUAAACAAUGAAGGGAUACUUGUUGCCAGAAAGGUAUUAUCUAACACAACAAGGUCUUCAAUCGCUACAUCUGUAAAGAAAUUUUUCGUGAGUGCUUUUCUACCACAAGGAUACCCUGAUAGUGUGAGCAAGGAUUAUUUACAAUAUCAGCUUUGGGACACUUUACAGGCAUUUUGCUCUUCUAUCACCGGUACUCUAGCGACACAAGCUGUAUUGAAGGGAUAUGGAGUGGGUGAUAAAACAGCUACCGCAGCCGCGGCUACUAUUACAUGGAUGGUAAAAGAUGGCACAGGCAUGAUUGGAAGGAUUAUUUUUGCUUGGUUAAAAGGAACACAACUUGACUGUGAUGCAAAACGCUGGCGUCUUUAUGCAGACAUUCUCAAUGACAUUGCUAUUCUGCUCGAUUUGAUAGCACCCGUUUUUAAAACAUACUUUUUGUUUAUUGCUUGUCUGUCAAGCAUCUCAAGGUCCAUUGUAGGUGUUGCAGGUGGUGCUACAAGAGCAGCUUUAACGUUGCAUCAAGCAAGACGUGACAAUAUGGCUGAUGUGUCUGCCAAGGAUGGAAGUCAGGAAACACUUGUUAAUCUCAUGGCGCUUGUUGCAGGUUUCAUAAUCACACCUCUAGUUGCAGAUAAUCAAAUGUUGGUUUGGAUUUUGUUCUCUAUCUUUACAUCUCUUCACCUGCUGUCCAAUUAUAAAGCAGUUUCUACUGUUGUCAUGGAAACAAUAAAUUUGCCCAGAUUUUAUAUACUUCUUAACAAUUACUUGAGAAACAAUGACAUCCUAUCACCAGACGAAGUUGCAAAGUUGGACCCUGUACUUAGCCGUCCGGGUUAUACUAGCAGUAUAAAUAUCGGUGUUCCUUUAACAUAUGCAGUUAAAAGCCAUGAUGAUUUUGCAUAUGCCAUGUCGCCCAAUUUAUUCAAAACAACAUACAUUAUAGGAUACAACAAAACAACAAGAACUGUUAAUAUCGUGUUGCAUAAAGGUAUUAGUGAUCAAGAUAUACGAAAAAGUUGUUUUCAUGCAUUGCUUUUAGACACACUCAUGCAUAAUCAUAAACAGACUGAAAAAUUUACGACAGAAAUUCAAAGCAGAAUUUUCGGUAUAAACAUGCACACAAAUGUAUGGAACAUAAUUAAUGAUACAAAAAAGUUUGUGGAUGAUAUUUAUCUAAGUUUUGAGAAAGGUUUAGAAGCAAAAGGUUGGGACCUAUCACGAUGCCAUUUGGGGCUUGAUGAAUGGAGAAUUGAAUGGAACAAGAAAACAUUGUAAAUUGUUUCAGAAUAUACUAUUUAUAUCACCAGAACAA